AUGUCUCUGGCAGAGGAGCUGGCGGCGGACCCAGACCUGCGUCUGGAGGCGCGCCUCGUGUUCUCUGCAGAGGACGACAACAGCGGCGCCUCCCUGCCCUCCGCCAACCCCCCCGGGAGGGUGGCCGAUGUCGUGAGGAUAUGGGGCUCCGAGAGGUUGGGAGACCUGCUUGCUAAGGUGGCGAGCGGGUGCGAGCAGCCGUCCACGGUGUGGGAGGCGAGCGCGGCGUGCAGCGACCUGGACGGCGACCUGGGCGCGGCGCACGCGCUGCUGCGCGCCCUCUACGGCCGGCGCUUCCCCGAGCUGGAGGCGCUCGUCCGGGCCGGCGCCGCCUACGCCGCCGUCGCCAGGCGCCUCGGCUGCGGCAGCGCCGGCGGGGGCGGCGCCGGCUACGGGGGCGUGGCGUUCGGGGGCGGGCUCGGGGGCGGCGCCGUCGCGGCCGCGCUGGCGCCGCUGCUGCCGCCGGCCUCCGUCAUGGUGGUCUCGCUGGCCGCCGCCACCACCAGGGGACGCAGCCUCACCGAGCACGAGCAAGAGUGCGUGACGGAGGUGCUGGACGCGGAGGCGGGAAUGACGGCGGCCCGGGCGGUGCUGGGGGCGUACGUGGAGGCGCGCAUGGCGGCCGCCGCCCCCGAGCUGGCGGCCGUGCUGGGGGCGGAGGCGGCGGCGCGCCUCGUGGCGGCGGCGGGCGGCCUGCACAAGCUGGCGCGCACGCCCGCCUGCAACGUGCUCGCGCUCGCCAAGGCCGCCGCCGCCGCCUCGGGGGCGGUGGAGCGCCGGCUGAGGCAGCUGCAGGCUCCGCCGCCGCCCAAGGAGACGCGCGCGCUGGCGCGGCCGCCGCCGGGCGUGGGCCUGCUGGGCGGCAGCGUGGGCGGCGGCACCGGCGUGUACGUGGGCGGCGGCGCGGGGCGGCGGCGCGGGGGGCGGCGCGCGCGCCGGCAGCGGCGCCAGAGGGGGCAGCUGACCGCGCUGGCCCGCCUGCGCAACAGGGUGCGGCUGGCCGACGCGUGGACCGGCGCCCCUCCGGAGGCCGACGGCUGCUGGGGCUGGGCCGGCGACGGCGGCGGGGGCGGCGGCGUGGGCGGCGGCGCGGCGGGGCCCGGCGGCGUCAGGGCGCCGCCCCCCGACGACAGGACCAAGGUUCGCAUCUCCAGAGCGCUGCAGCGCCGGCUGGCCGUGGAGCGGGAACGCUGCCUGGGCGCCGGCGACGUGCUGGCCACACCCACGCCAGGCACUGCGUCCAGCGUUGCCUUCUCGACGGUCGAGGGGCUCGAGAUCGUGCACCCUGCGGCGGCCGCCGCAGAGGCCCUCCCAAGGGGCCGCGGCAGGUACUUCGCUGAUGUCGGCGCCUGCUGA